GGUUGUUGAUUAAUCUUAAUGAGUAUUGCUGAUGAGAUACGUGACUUACGCACAUACAAACACGUACACAACUACACGUGCCACGUGACAGUCGCUUAUCGCAGCAGUAUCAACUGUCAGAUUUUGCUCCGCUUGCGAGUCGCAAUAACGCGAGAUCGACGGAUGCUACGACAUCGCAGAUAUGGAGCCGGGAACACUGGCAAAAGUGCUGCACGACUUCCUUACCACCGUCGACGGAGAACUGAGUCUGUCUAAAGGACAAUAUUUCCUGAUACAUGAGAUUGUAGAUAAGCAUUGGUGCUACGGUCAGUCUCAAGACAAAUUUGGAAAGUUUCCUCUGAGUCAUUUACAUAAAAUAGAGAUUCCUCAGUUUACUGAGACUGAAAGACCGUUUAUUGCUAUAGCUAACUUUUCCGGACAGGAAACUGGAGAUCUAUCUUUUGCUCAAGGAGAAUUUAUUAUUGGGAUGAGAGACAUAGGCUCAGGAUGGUGCGUGGGCAAAAUAGGUUCAAGAACUGGUAUUUUUCCAUUAUCAUAUACAUGGGAACUGGAUGCAGUAUUAAUAAAGAAAACAAUGAAAAAGAAAUCAAUAAGAAAAAGAGCCAAGGUAAAAACCUCCUUAAAAGCACAACUUGCAGAAGAAUUGGAUCUAACAUCAGGAGAGACAGUGAUUGUUAUAGAAAUUUUAGAUGAUGGCUGGUGUCGUGGAAUUACAGAAAAUGGCAAUGAAGGCAUAUUUCCAGAAGGAUUUAUAUGUUAUUUAGAUGAGGAUCAAGAUUCAGUUGACAAUAAAGAAGUAACAUGCACAAUAGAACAAGAUUUUACAACCUCUUUAACAUCUUACAACAGCACAAUUUAUGAAGAUUUUAGCGAAACUUCUGCAAAUUCUACAAACAUAUCUGAUGAACCUGCUCCAAAUUAUUUUGAUUUGUUCCCCGAGGCUUUGCCAUCAACCAGCAAUGUGAAUGACACACAACGCAAUAAUUAUGUGAAUUCCGUCGAUGUUAAACCAUAUGCCAUAACGCUAUAUCCAUUUAAUGCACAGUUUCCGAACGAGCUAAGUUUUGGAGUUGGUGAAGUGGUGCAUCUCACCAGACAUAUUGACUCUGAAUGGAUGGAGGGUAUGAUUGAUACUACAAAGGGCAUUUUCCCAUCGUCUUAUGUUAAUAUCAUAGUCGAUUGCGCAGAAGCCAAACAAAAUCAGAUUGAAUCUGAAGUGAUGCCUGCGAAGAAAGACGCUCUAGAACCGGGUGUUGCUGUAAAAGUGUCAUUUACCUUUGAUGCGCAAAUGGAUGGCGAUUUGAGCGUUCAAGAAGGCGAGACCGUUACUGUAGUAGAAAUGGCUAACGAAGAUUGGGUGAAUGUAAAGAAUAAAGACGGUCUGAUUGGCUUGUGUCCUCGAGAAUACUUAAGUUCAGUAUCUGAACCUUUAUCGGAUAGUCGGCAAGAAUCGAAUAUACAAGACUUCGAAGACUUUGUGCUGAUUAGGCAUAAGGAAACGAGUGCUAUUGUAAACGGAGAACAGAAGCCUAAAAGAAUGUCGCAACCGCACAGACCAGCACCACCAACUCCUGCUCCAGGUAGAGUGCCCUUACAAAAGGAAGUUGUUACAAACAAAGAAGUAUGCGCUCAAGAACGAAGGAACGAAUGCGCAGUCAAUACUGAAGUCGAUGUAAGGCAAAAGCGUGCGGAUCAACGGCAAAAUGUAAUAUCCGAGUUGGUUAUAACAGAGAAGGAAUACGUUCGCGAUUUGAAGUUGACGUAUGAAACAUUUAACUUACACGACCCGAAGCUUCUCGAAUCUAGGGGGAUUGAUGUUGCUACUUUGUUUGGAAAUCUUUUAGAUGUUAUUCAUGUCGCCGAGGAAUUAUUAGACAUGAUUUUGAAAGCAAUGAAAGGUUGCGAUGAAAGCGUGCAACGAGUCGGUCCUUGUUUUGUAAAAAUGGCUGACAACUUAAAAAACGUUUAUGUUAAAUAUUGUGGAAAUCACGAAGCAGCAUUAGCUUUGUUAAAAAAGUAUGAAAAUAAUGAAGAGAUUAUGAAAGUAUUUAACAAAGGUAUUGAAACAUUACGUCGUCAAGUUGCUUGUUUUGAUAUGAGUUCUAUUCUAAUAAAACCGGUACAAAGAAUUUUGAAGUAUCCGUUAAUAUUAUAUGAAUUGAUAAAGUGCACGGAAGAUAAUCAUCCGGAUAAAGCUUCUAUAGAGGAAGCAUGGAAGGUCAUGACAAAUGUGGCCAGUUACAUAAACGAGUAUAAACGCAGAAGAGAUAUCGUAUCAAAAUAUUUAGACAACGAUAACACCUUAAUUGGUAAAAUGUCGAAAUUAAGCAUGCAUUCUGUGGCAAAGAUGUCUACAAGGUUAAGCACAAAAUUGUCGGCGAGUUUAGGGCUAACGAAUAUCGCAAGCGACACCGAAUUCGAGGAAUUUGAGAAGCAAUUUCGAUCUAUAGAGAAAUGCACGUGGCAGUUAGCGAAAGAUGUUGAACAAUGUGUUGUUUAUUUGAGCGAUGAAGCUAUGUCUUGCGAAGUGAUAACCGAAUUUCUGGCUCAUUAUUAUCAGGGAAAACCGCCUGCCGAGGUGAAAAAACUGCAAAGUAUAAGAUCCAUCAUUUGGUCUCAAUAUGUGGAAGAUUUUAAGUUUUGUAUUGAGAAAAGAGUCAGCGCGCCAUUGCAUUUUCUAGCGACGUUGUUAGAAGGUCCGGCGAUAUUGGUAGCAAAGAGGCACGAUAAAUUGCUGGAUUACGACGCCGCUGUUUCUAAGAGUGAGAAAUAUAAAGACUCAAAAAUUGUACAGGAAGAGUUAUUUACUGCCAAGAGUAAUUACGAAGCGUUGAAUCAACAACUGCUGGAAGAAUUGCCCAUAUUAUUGGACGCGGCAAAGAACAUUUUAGUCAAUUGCAUAAGUACUUUCGCAGGUGCCCGAAAAUUACUGAGUGGAAAAAUUACGAAGCAAUAUCUGACUCUGUGCGAGACAUCGCCGAAUUUAUCGUCGCAAGACGUGCUGGAAUCAUUUCUUGUAAAUCACAAUUUAAUAUGGAAUCAAAUUACGCGUUUUGCGUUCGUGGGCUCGAAUCCCCAAAUAGAUGAGAGUCACUCACAAUCCUGUGUGCAAACUGAAAAAGAGAAAUCUUUACUCAGAGAGAAAUACACUGUGGACAAAUUGUACAUAGUGAUUAACGACGUUGUCAGUACUUCGGAACUAGAUGUGAGUGCCUCAAAAGGUAUGCUGAUUGCAGUUAUAAAAAAGCAAGAUCCAAUGGGAGAUACGUCGAGAUGGUACGUCGAUACUGGAGUCAUUCAAGGAUUUCUGCCAUCUCAAGAAUUGAAGCCAGUUCAGCAACGAAGUCAGACACCGGACAUCGCUACUGUGAGGAAGAGUUCUACGUCUUCGAAUUUGAUGUCGUUGGAUUCUCCGGAGAAAGAGAUUAAGAAAGAAUCGCAUCUCCAAGAAGUGCUUUCGUUAGACGUGAACCAAGAACUGAUGGUAACUCAUAAUUAUAGCAACGUUCCGGAAACACCGAAAGUUCAGGUGUAUCAAAACAUACAUAGCGAAUUUUAUUAUGCGAUGUACGAUUUUGCUGGAAACAUACCUGGCACGUUGUCUAUUAGUAACGGCCAAGCCUUGCGACUACUCAGAUCUCACGAUGAAAAAGGAAACGACGAAUGGUGGCUUGUGGAAAAUCGCGAUGGUAAACAAGGCUACGUUCCGCGAAAUUAUUUAAAAUCACAAACGGAAGUAACGACCAAGACCGCAAAAAUGGAAUAAAAUGAAAAAAAAAACGGCACAAGAGUUUUAUAUAAUUUAUACAGUACUGUAUAUACAAUUUAUAUGGCAUUAGUUUUUAUCAAAAAAUCAUGAUAUAAUUGAACCGGAAAAUCAUUGACCAAUGUGUGAUCAUUCAAUCAGGUCAAAUUUAGAUUCUGGUAUUCCUUUACAGUCCUUCAAUGUAAGAAAGUUGUAAUGUAUACAUUGAUAAUAGGCUUGUCUCUGAAAAACUUGUGGAUUGUUUUUUCUGUAAUCUUUUUUAAUUGUUGAAAUAUAAAAAAGACACUUUAUUCUGAAGCCUUAAUUAAGUUUACAAAAAAGAGAUUACAAAAAGAGUUUACAAAUUUAAAGAGACAUUUAUUACUAAUUAAAAAGAGAUAUUACUAUUAUCCGUGUCAGUAAUUCCUGAGAAAUAACUUCUUGUACAUUUCUCGCUUAAGUAAUAUUUAAGAUCGUACACAAUUGAUAUAUAAUUUAUAUAUUUUUUAAAAAUUGUUUUACAUAUCUACUGAUAUUAUCUUAUUUAAUUGUUAUUGUAUAGAUAUAAUGCACAUGUACAUAUUCUUUAAAGAAAAUAGCUUUCCUCUGUGAUGAUUGGGUAGUUUAGAUAUUUUUUUAUGAACGUUAAUUUUGAGAUUAAAAUAUAAAAAAAUUAUACAUUCUUGCCUAUUAAUAAAAUAGUGUUGCAAAAGACUAUUUUUCAAGGGGACUAAUGAAUAAAUGUUGCACGUGUGUUAGGUACAUGUGGAUAUUUGCGACCAAUUUUUAUUUGUUACAAAUAUUCAUAUAUUUUAUACUUGUACUCUCUUUUAAUGGCCAUACUUAUCUCUAAAUCAAUAUUUCAGGUGCAAUGCAUGUAAUAUAGUUAUGUUCGUAUAUAAAUGUAUAGACGAGUACAAUGUUAAAAACUUUUUGUAAAUAAAAAUUUGUGUUUUGAAUAUAUUAAAUGUGUUUGCAACAAAAACAAUCUUAAUUUUUUGCGCAAAAUUUGAGAUUAAAAUUUUCAAGUAAGGUUGCGUUGUGUUUUAGUCCCGUUUGGAAGUAUUAGGAAGGCGUGAGACACCUCUCGAUAUUUUUAUUGCUACGGAUCGGGUUGAUGCGAAUAAAACACAAGUUAUUUAAAAAAAGAGAGACAAAACGUACUAGAUAUAUUAUUAUCAUAAUAUAGUGUUUACUGUUAUUGUGUAACAGUAGGUACAUAAUCUGCAUACGAUACGUGUGUCGUGAUGUUAAGUUAUCGCCUAAAAAAUAUAUACAAUUAAUAAUAAAAAGGUAUAUCGAUAAUUUGUAUUCGUUUUUAAAAUAAACAAAAACAGUCUUUCGAGAUAUAUACUAUGUAUAUACAUAUAUAUAU